AUGGCGUCCCAGUCGUCUAGUUCUGUCCCGAUACCACAGCCUCCACCACAUUUGCUCAUCGGCAAUAUUGGAGCCAUUGAUUCAGACGAUGCCCCAGGCUCCAUCCAGAGACUCUCAGACAUCUAUGGCGAGAUCUUUCAGCUUCAAAUUCCAGGUCGGCCAGGAAGAAUAAUCGUCAUCUCUUCGCAUGACACAAUAAACGACUGCUGCGACGGAGACCGCUUCGAAAAGCCAAUCAAUGCCACUCUCGAAGAAGUGCGAGCUCUCACUGGAAAUGGGCUUUUCACAGCCUACCCGGGGGAGAAAGAAUGGGGAGUUGCCCAUCGCCUGCUGAUGCCUGUUUUUGGCCCCAUGGGCAUUCGCAAGAUGUUCGAUGACAUGAUGGACGUUACCACACAGAUGCUGCUUAGAUGGGACCGAUUUGGACCAAAACACGAAAUCUAUUGCAGUGAUGAUUUCACAAGAUUAACAUUUGACAUGAUUGGACUAUGCGCAUUCGGAUACAGGUUCAACAACUUCUACUCUGACAAGGCACAUCCGUUUGUCGAACAAAUGGUCGAAGUCCUUGUUGAGUCUGGAAGGCGAGCUACUCGCACAGGCAUUGAGAACAAGCUACGUGUUUUUGCCGAAGCCAACCGACAGGAAAAUGUGAGGCAGAUGCACAAACUUUGCGAUGAGAUCAUUGAGGAGCGCAUAGCACAUCCGCAGCCAGAUGCGAAAGACCUCCUGAACCCCAUGCUUGAAGGUGUAGACAAAGUGACUGGCGAGAAGAUGUCAAAAGAGCUUGUACGAUACAACAUGGUAACCUUUUUGGUGGCUGGCCACGAAACAACGAGCGGCACUCUUGGCUUCUUGUUCUUCCAUCUUCUCAAGAACCCCGACACAUAUCUCAGAGCCCAGCAAGAAGUUGACGAUGUUCUUGGAGAUGGUCCCCUAGACAUCAAACACAUUCCCAAGCUGGUUUACAUCAAGUACGCCAUUUAUGAAGCAUUGCGUUUCCUCGGUCCUAUUGGAAUCAAUGGCAAGCACGCGCUACAAAAGACGAAGAUUGCUGGCAAGUAUGAAGUGGAGCCAGAAGACAUCAUUUUGAUGAACUUGAGUGGCCUACAUCAUGACCCCAAGGUUUGGGGCGACGACGCCCAUGUAUUCCGGCCUGAACGUUUCUUGAACGGCGGCUGGGAGAACCUACCGCCCAACUCGUGGAAAGCAUUUGGUGACGGUAUGCGAGCUUGUAUUGGACGCACUUUUGCAGAGCAAGAGAUGAUCAUGACAGUGGCGCUCAUUCUGCAAAAGUUCCAGGUCGAACUGGCGGAUCCUGGCUAUCAACUACAGGUCUCGGUCACAAUCACACAGAAGCCCAAAGAUCUUAAGAUCAAGGUACGGAGACGACCUGGACGCACAAUGGCGAGUCUGGGUGGAGUUGGCGGCGCUCCUUCAUCGACAAAUCCUGCCGCUGAUGAUAGGAAAGCCAAGGUAGCAGGAGACGCUUCUGCAAGAGAUGCAAAGCCAAUCACCGUUCUCUAUGGAUCGAAUGCGGGUACUUGCAAGUCGUAUGCCGAGGACCUGGAGACAAACGCAGCUCGAUUCGGAUUCAAGGCAAAUGUGGGCAGCCUGGACUCUGCCACCGAACACAUUCCAAAAGAUCAGCCAAUUGUCAUUAUUGAGCCUUCGUAUGAAGGUAAACCGGCAGACAACGCGAAGAAAUUUACCGCAUGGCUGGAAAACAAUGCGGACUCGAAGAUGCUCGAGGGCGUUCAAUAUGCCGUCUUUGGUGUUGGUAACAGUGAUUGGACGCACACAUACCACCGUAUCCCAAAGAAGACCGACGAGCUGUUCGAGAAGAUGGGCGCAACGCGAUUCACAGAGACCGGUUUUGUCAACGUAAAAGAAGACAUCAUGGGACCGUGGGAGAGCUGGUCUGAACAGAUGUGGACGAGUCUUCGAGAGGCUAGUGGUACAACUGUCGAAGUUCUUGACGGGACACUUAAGGCCGAAAUAAAGGCUCCUAAAUUCGCGACGUAUCUCGGGGGCAAGAAUAUCUCCUAUGGGCAGGUCAAAGUCAACAAAGACCUGGGUGGUGCUGAGGUCGGUCUCUCCAAGAAGCACAUGGAGAUCGAGUUGCCAGCGGGCAGCUCGUACCGCUCUGGCGACUACAUGGUUGUCCUGCCUCUCAACAACUCGGAUACUGUGAAGCGAGUUAUGCGACGCUUCGAACUUUCGCCGGAUGAUACCAUCUCGAUUACCGGAACCAACAAGACAUUCCUGGCUACUGAGUCACAUGCAUCCAUCUACGAAAUUCUCAUGACGCGUGUGGAGCUUGGUACACCAAUUUCGCAAAAGCAGUUGAAGAUGCUUGCGGAUGUGACACCGGAAGACAAGCGCGCCAGCUUGCUCGAGUUUGCAAGCGACGAAGUCUACAAGGCCAAGGUCAUUCCCUCCCGCUAUAGCAUUCUGGAUGUCCUCGAAGACCACCCUGAGUGCAAGCUCCCCUUUGCUGUUUACCUCGACCUACUCAAGCCCUUGUCUCCCCGCCAAUACAGCAUUUCCAGCUCUCCACUAGCCAAUGUAGAUUUUGUCCAAGCACCAGACGGCUCGACUGUCCAGCGCCUGACUGCUUCCAUAACCUACGAUGUGCACGACGAAGCCGCAUGGAGCGGAGAGAACCGUCGCUUCCACGGCGUAGCAUCGACCUACCUUGCGAGCCGAGAACCAGGCGAGAAAAUCAAGUGCUUCACGCGCCCUACAAACAUCAACUUCCAUCUACCUACGGACCCCACGACGCCCAUCAUCAUGAUUUGCGCCGGCUCGGGCCUCGCCCCCAUGCGCGGCUUCAUCCAGGAACGCGCGACCAUCAAGAAAGCGCGCAACGCAACCAUUGGACCCGCCAUCCUGUACUUUGGCUGCCGCCACCACGAAAAAGACUUCAUCUACUCGGAAGAACUUGCCCAGUGGGAAGCCGAAGGCGUCGUCAGUGUGCGCGGCUGCUUCUCCAAAGUCGCGCCUGAGGGACACAAGGCGCAGCGUGUGCCUGAUCGCAUGUGGGACGAGCGCAAGGAGCUGGCAGAGUUGUUUGGUGACAAGGGCGCCAAGCUGUUCAUCUGUGGUAGCGCGAGCAAGCUGGCUAAGAGUACGGGCGAGAUGUGUAUGAAGAUUUAUAGGGAUACGUUCCCUGGGAAGACACAGGAGGAUGCUGAGGCGUGGUUGGAGAAGGUAAAAGAGGAUAGGUACGUGAGUGAUGUGUUUGAGUAA